AUGACGCCCAAGUCGCCUCGACCGCAGGUGCUCGACGACUCGGACUCGGGCUCGGACGACGAGUUCCUGCGCUUGGCCUCAGCCUCGGCGCGCCGCAAGGCCGGCAUUCCUUCGCGGGCGCUCUCCCCGCGGCGCAACCUCGAGACCCAGACCGAGAGGAGCACGAACGCGCUGCGCAAUGCGGCGCGCAAGGCGACCUUUGUAGUGACGGGCAAGAACGCCGAGAGCCGCCGCCUCCAAGCGACAGUCGACGCGCUCGAGGCCAAGGCGCGCAGCGUCACGAUUGGCGCGCCGCCCGCGGGCAAGACCAUCUUUGAGCAAAAGGCCGCCUCGAGUGACAUUCCUGCGUCCGCGAUGGCGGCGUUCCAGAGCGCACCGUCCGACAUCCAAGACAUGUACAAGGAAGGGUACAGCUACAUGUCGGACGAGAUGUAUAAGGAAGCGUGCGUCUCGUGGGAAAAGAUCGUCGCGCUCCCGUCGCCGCCGUCGCUCGACUGGUUCUUGCCGCUUCUCGCGCAGCUUGCGUUCGCCUACAAGAAGCUAGGGUACCUCCGCAUGGCGCUCAAGUGCUACCACCGCAUUCGUGGCGACAUUCAACGCGCGGGCGACGGCCACGACGACUUCUUGGCCGAUACGCUGCACCAAAUGUCGGCCAUUUACCACGAGCUCGGCGACAUGGAGCAUGCGUUGGCGUACACGGAGGAAGCCAAUGCGCUCCUCCUCGAUCUCGUCGGCAAGAGCUGCGAGACACCGGCCGAGAAGGCGCGCGUCGACGAGCUCCACCAAGGCCGGCAGCUCGGUCGGUUGCUGCAGGACGCGGCGACAGGCGAGUUUGCCAGCGUCCACACAGCGCUAGAGGCGGGUGAUGUAACCAUGGAGACGCUCGCGUCCUUUGUCGAUCCUUCGACGCACGCAACGUUCCUCAUGGCGUCGGCGGGCGCCGGCAGCCUCACCCUCGUAUCGGCGCUGCACAAGGUAAUGGACAGUGCAGCGUGGAAGGGCCAGGUCGAGACCACGGACGCGCAUGGCAACUCGGCGCUUGCGUGGGCGUGCAAGUUUGGCCAAGUCGAUGUCGUCGCCUACCUCUUGGAGGCCGGCGCGUCGUUCCAGUCGCUGAAGAAGGAAGAGCUCAAGAGCUGGCCCAAGGAAAGCCUUGCGACCAUCCAAACCCACCUUGCGGCGCGCAAGCAGCAAAAGGAGAAAACAAAGCAAGUGUCCCCACCCCCGGUACCACCCCCGGUGCCUGCGCCCGUACCGGCCACGCCGCUGUACAAGCCGUUGCUGCCCGUGUCGCCCAAGGCGGUGCCAGCCAAACCGCUCCAGCUUGCGCCGUUUGAUGUGGCACCGCCCAAGACGCCAAUGCCAGUGUCCUUCAACGCCGCGCCGCGCAGUGCUGCAGCCGCCACGGGCGCGCUGGCGGGGCGCGACCUCCAGGCGUGGCAGCCCGACGACGACGCGAUCGCAGGCAUCACCUCCGGCGACCUCGAGGCGACGAACGCUACCACGUGGGAUCAAUUUGAAGCCAACGAACGCCUUUUUGGCGUCACCUCGGGGUAUGACGAGUCGUUGUAUACGACAGCGCGGACGGCAGGGACGCCGGCGCAGGAGGCUGCCGCCGCGCGCCUCGCGGCCGAGAUCAUGGGCCAGCGCAGCAGUAACACGCACGUCAUGGAAGAGCGUGGCAUCGUCGACGAGAUCGUCCAUGACCCGGAAGCCCGGUACGGGGCCGUGCUCGGCAGCGGCGCAUACGCUUCGCCGACGGCCGCGAGUCGUCGCAACGAUGACCGGUUUACGGACCACGCAGUUUUGAACCAAGCGCCACGUGAUUAA